AAACACACAAUUGGAGGAAAGAAACGCACGCGCGCAAACACCAGUUUUUUCAAGUGAAAAACCAAGCCCCCGCCAACUUUCUCUCUCUUCCGCCGAUCCAGAUCGCCAUGUACUUUUCUAAAAGCCCAAAUCCAAUAAAGCGCAUAUAAUUACACGUUUCUGUCAACUCUCCUUUCUCCGACCUCCGACCACUCCCUCCCCGCAUGCCACCGAACAACGCUUUCAAACGCCGGUGGCUCACCGCUCCUCGCAUUUGCAGCGAUUGGGUCGUCUGAUCCAUUUGACCCGUUUCACAAAACUGCGUCGUUUUUUUCUAGAGAAGAGGAAGAAGGAGAGAUGUGGGUCUUCUACCUGAUCUCUCUGCCCCUGACCUUGGGCAUGGUUCUUUUCACGCUCAAGUACUUCGCCGGCCCGGAGGUCCCUCGCUAUGUUAUGAUCACCGUCGGGUACACCUGGUUCUGUUCUCUCUCCAUCAUCGUCAUUGUGCCCGCCGACAUCUGGACGACGAUAAACCAUAUUGAGAGUGGAGGAAUAUCUUUCUUUUGGAGCUGGUCAUAUUGGAGUACAUUUUUACUAACUUGGACUUUGGUGCCCCUUAUUCAGGGUUUUGAAGAUGCUGGGGACUUCACCGUGACAGAGAGAUUGAAGACUAGUGUACAUGUUAACUUGGUUUUCUAUCUGAUUCUGGGGUUUAUUGGUCUUCUUGGAUUAAUUCUUCUCAUCAGUAUGCACAAAAACUGGGGUGGAGGUGUUCUUGGUUUUGCCAUGGGCUGCUCGAAUACUUUUGGACUUGUUACAGGUGCAUUUCUUCUUGGAUUUGGUUUGAGCGAAAUCCCAAAGGGCCUUUGGAAAAAUUCUGAUUGGACUAUCCGCCAAAAAGUUCUAUCUCAUAAAAUUGCCAAAAUGGCUGUGAAACUUGACGACGCUCAUCAAGAUCUUUCAAAUGCUAUUGUGGUUGCCCAAGCAACAUCCACUCAGAUGUCCAAGCGCGAUCCUUUGAGACCCUACAUGGAUAUUAUAGACAACAUGUUAGCUCAAAUGUUCAGGGAGGACCCAUCCUUCAAACCGCAAGGUGGCCGAUUAGGUGAAAACGACAUGGACUAUGAUACUGAUGAAAAAUCAAUGGCAACGCUUAGGCGUCAUCUUCGAGGAGCCCGGGAAGAGUAUUAUCGGUACAAAAGCGAGUAUAUGACUUAUGUUUUGGAGGCCCUUGAACUUGAAGAUACUAUAAAAAAUUAUGAACGCCGGAGUUCUACUGGAUGGAAAUAUGUCUCAAGCUUCAGACAUACUCGAACUGGCACAUUAGGAUCUCCUGUUGAUACAAUAGAAUUCUUAUGGCGCUGCAUACUAAGAAAAGAAGUUGAGAAACUUUUGGCUGUCAUACUUGGUAUCAUUUCAGUUGCUAUUCUUUUAGCGGAGGCAACUCUUCUUCCUCGAGUUGAUCUAUCUCUCUUUUCAAUUCUCAUCAAUUCUGUUGGAAAGCAAGAGGUUCUUGUACAGGUAUUUGCCUUUGUUCCUUUGCUGUAUAUGUGCAUCUGCACAUACUACUCCUUGUUCAAAAUUGGUAUGUUGAUGUUUUACUCAUUAACACCCAGGCAAACAAACUCAGUCAAUUUGCUUAUGAUAUGCUCGAUGGUUGCUCGUUAUGCUCCUCCAGUUUCAUACAAUUUCCUUAAUCUCAUUCGUCUUGGUGAACAUAAGACCAUAUUUGAGAAGCGAAUGGGAAACAUUGAUCAAGCUGUCCCUUUCUUUGGGAGUGAGUUUAACAGAAUUUAUCCACUUAUCAUGGUUGUGUACACCCUGUUGGUUGCGUGCAAUUUUUUUGACCGCAUACUUGAUUUUUUUGGGAGCUGGAAGCGAUUUAGGUUUCAAACCGAGGCUGAUGAUAUGGAUGGUUUUGAUCCAUCUGGAUUAAUUAUCUUACAAAAGGAACGAUCUUGGAUUGAACAAGGUCUGAAAGUUGGUGAACAUGUUAUACCCCUAGCUAGGAAUUUCAACAGCACGGAUGUUGAGACAGGCAGCAACAACAUGGAUAGGACUCAUGUUGAACUGAAGGCAACAACCAGUCUGGGCACUGAGGGUGCAAACGGAACUGCCUCAAAAUCCUUGAGUGAUGAAUCUCGUAUUAGAUAUGGCUCAAGCAAAGAAGCCAACAGCAACAAGUAUGCUGCCAUUAGAGAUCAGAGCAGGCAAUCAUCUUCGAAUACAAAUCAGAAUAUUUCUGCCGCCAAGGUCUCCUUGCGUGACGAAGGCAACUCUAACCCUGAUAGCAUGGCAGGAGGGUUACAUACUGGUUUGUCCUCAAAGUGGGAAUCAAUGAAAAACGGUUUCCAAAAUUUCAAGGCAAACAUAGCGGCCAAAAAAUUUAUUCCCCUGCACCAAGUUCAAGAUACUGUAGAGCUAUCUCGUGCUUCAUCUAAUGAGUCCCUCGAUGAGAUAUUCCAGAGAUUGAAACGGCGGUCGGUAGACCAUGUGAGUUAUGUUGACGAGGAUGAAGAUGGCAUGGAGGGGAAGUCUGGUCCCAGCAGAUAAUAUUUAUGAUCUGUUCUAGGUAAUGAACUUUACACUUUUGGAAUUGGGAAUUAUAAAAGCCCAACGCUGCGAUUUUGCCUGCGAAGAUUAGUCCGGCCUGGGAGGAUAUUUUGCGAUGCUGAAACUACAUACAUUUAGCAGCUGCUAGUCGGAAGACUCGAACAAUUUGACAGGUAAAAUAGGAAUACUUCAGUGAUCUGUAAAAAAAAAAAAAGAAAGAAAUGCCAGUGUUGGGGAAUGCUUGUAUUUCAAUUAUACGUGUAAUUGUAAAAAAAUGUCACCAUUUGUUUCUCCACUGCCAACGCCUUGGAGCCGAUUAGUAUUCAUCAGAAAUGCACUUUCUUUUGAUAUGCAGUGCAAUAUUUCGAACACUA